UGUGUUGCCAAUGCAGCUAUCAUACAAAAUUUGGUCACACUGUACCAAGUUGCGAAAAAAAAAUUGGGGGAAAACAUUUGAUAGGAAACGGAAAUAUGCUUAUCAAAUAAACCGCCACUUGCAACAGCAGGAUGAGUCUCAAUCUGGGGGGCUGGAUACACAGUUUCACUGUGACGGACACCCAGGAGCACAAGGGAGGAUACACAAUCUAUAAAAUAACAUCGAUUGUCUUCCCCCGAUCGGUGCCCCAGGCCCUGACCUGCCUAGUAGUGUGGAAACGAUUCCAUGAUGUGAAAAGGCUUCACAAAGAAUUGAGCCGACGCCACAAGAGCAUGCAACUACCGGGAAAGCUGCCCGUGCCCACGGAUAGCAGUUACUUCAAACGAUUUGAUGCGGUGGUCAUUCAACGGCGAAAGGAAUACAUCUUGCAGCUCCUUGACUUUGCGGCGCAGCAUCCCGCGUUGUAUAAAUGCGCUACCUUCACUCAGUUCUUUCAGGAGCAACCUUCGCCAAACGGGUCGCCCCUUAAAAAGCUCUAUGUAGAGAGAUCUUUGAGGCUGGGUCAUGAGAACAGUUGCACUGGAACCAUGGGAAAUGGCGGUGCCGGGGCCAUAGCCGAUAUUUGCGAUAAACUUGAUCUGCCUUACGACCCACGUAAUGCCGAGGAAACCUCUACGGAUGCACGCUGGGAUAAGGAUAAGGCAAACGACAAGGAUGUCGAGCUUGGAACAGAACCCAAACCUGUUGCAGAGUCGAAGCCGGAUGAGAUUUCCAAUAAGCGGGACUAUCUGCGCCUUCUGACGCCCAUGGCCUCUAUUGAAAAAGAAGAUAGUGACUACAUAUACGAGGCGGCCCUGGAGUUCAGCCAUGCCGUCCAGGCGGAGGUCAAUUUGGAGUAUGCCGAAGCCCACCAUCAUUAUAAGCAUGGGGUGGAUCUUUUGCUCAAUGGAUCGAAACAAGACGCCAACGAGGAGAGGAAGUAUAUAGCCAAGGCCAAGAUAGCCAAGUAUUUAGCCCGUGCGGAGGAGAUCCACGCCAAUUUUUUGGCAAUAAAUUGCCCAACAAAGAAGCUGCAAUUUCAGCUCUCCCUUGACUUGACCGAUAAUGGUUGUGUUGCGCAGUUGGAGUGCCCUUGGAACCAGCUGGCCCGGUACAAGGUGCUGCAGGUGCUCCAGGAACGGGUGAUGCAGGUUCAGAGCGUGACAAAACCUCAGCAACCCGCGGCCAUCAUGAAAGGUAUUGAAAAGCCGGCUAGUCACUCGCUUACCCAAAGCAUAUUUCUGCCUCAGCAAGUUCCGUACAUGGUUCAACUACUGGCCUAUUUCCAGUCUGAGCAAAAGAUAUUCUUGCUCUUACGACAGGCAGAAGGCGGCAGACUGUACGACUAUUUGCAGAGCUACACCCCAACAGGCAGCAAGAGUGCCAAUUACGGAGAGCUUUUUCCAGCGGAGACGGAACAGGAGGAGCAGCAACAGCUCUCCGCCGACAGCGACGUCAGCGAUUUGGUGCGAAGCUCCCAACAGUUGCUUAGGUCAGUUUCGAAUACGUUAAGUAACUUGCAAGCUGGUAUCCCAACACCUAAAAAGCUAAAGUCCGAUGCUUCGCGUAUACGGAGCAAGCCCAUUCCAGAGCAGUGUCUGCGGCAGUGGGCCUGCGAGCUCGCCAUUGCCAUACACAGCCUGCAUGGAAAGGGCGUCAUCCUGCGAGACCUGCACAUGGCUAACAUCCUUUUGGGCGCCAAGGGGCAGUUACUACUGACUUACUUCUACCAAAAUGAAGGCCUCAGCUCGGACGACAACUAUGUGCACAAGGCACUCAGCUUCGAAGCGCUAGCCAAUCACUUUGUGGCCCCAGAAAGACCUUUGAGUUUUCGAUCCGAUUGGUGGAGCUACGGUGUGGUGCUCUACCAGUUGCUAUUGGGAGUGCCUUAUAAAGCUACACAUCCAGGCCAGCUGGAGCUUUAUGGAUGUGUUCAGUAUCCGGGUGAUUCCAUCGACAUUUCCGAAAAUGCCAGGGACCUCUUGGAACAGUUAUUGGAAAUAACACCCGAGCAUCGUUUGGAUUACGAUCAGUUACAAGCACAUCCAUUCUUCAAAGGCAUUGAUUGGCAGGCAGUUUUGAAACAAGGAACAGCCUAACUGUUCCCAUCAUACCAGUUACUUUUUAUUUAUUAUUUUAUUAUAUUAUUUUAUCUUUUGCCGAUUCGGUUGUAAAACAACUGAAUUUAGAGCUUUUGAUAUUGACUACGAAUCUUCAAUACAUUCAAGCUAUUCCCACCAUUUUUUUCCUAUUUGAAAGUGUAACAUCUAUGAUUCCCAUAAUAAUACUUUAUGCACCUUGUUUUUACAUUUUAAGCUUUGUUUCUGUUUGGAACUUAUUAGUCAGUAAUUGGUACAAAAUACGAUUUAUUCAUAUGUCUAUUAUAUACACUGGCGAAAUGUCCUAGAGUACGAUACAAUAACGUAACUUAAAUUAACUUAAUUUUAGGUACAACAAAUUUUUAAACGAAUAUACAAAGCGGAUAAAUUAGUAAGUAGUAACUUUAUAAAGCCGAAUGAGCUAAUAUACAAUACAGAAAGAAUUUUAUUGUCUAAA